GUAAAAUUGAGUGGGUGAAGGAGCUUCUCUUUGCAGCAGUUAUUCAAGACCAUGUGCAGAGACCGGUGGAUACUUAACCGGUGAGAAUAAUUGUGGCACUUUUUCCGGCUGUAUUGAGGACUGUGUCUAUCUGAGAGGACUGCCAGAUCUUGUUCGGGAGCACCUCUGGGAAGGAUUUAUGACUGUGAAGACACCCUUCUGGAUCCUCAACUGUGCACCAAUGCCAAGGAAUACGGCAGUCCCUCCCCCUCGCUUACUCUUAGUCUAUUUGUCUUCGUGUCUGUCUGCCUUUGAAUCUCACUGCUUUCUGCUUCUCUCUGUCUUUUCAGAUGUGGCUGGAAGAAACAUGAACAAUGGCUCUUUUGAGGAAAAUAAACCAUAUCCUGCUCAUGAUGCUGGUUCUCAUAGUGUGUCUACUCCUGCACAGUAAGCUGUUCAGAGGCCCGCCUCGGCCCAAACUCAAACGCACAGAAACCAGGAAGGACCCAGAGCGUGCACCCAAAGUUCCUGUAGAGAAGGCAGCGGAGGGAGGGGAUGACAUCCCAGUGGUAAUCUGUGCUGCGGAGGAACGAAUGGGCGGUGCCAUGGCAACCAUCAACAGCAUCUAUAGCAACACAGAUGCCAGCGUGUUCUUCUAUAUUGUCACUCUUCGUGAUGCCAUCAAGCUGACAAGACAGUACAUAGAGAAGACCAAGCUGAAGGGAAUCAAGUAUAAGAUUCUAGAGUUCAACCCCAUGGUCCUGAAAGGGAAGGUGAAACCAGACUCCUCCCGACCAGACCUGCUGCAUCCACUGAACUUUGUACGUUUUUACUUGCCGCUCCUUGAUAUCAGCCACCAGAGGGUGAUCUACUUAGACGACGAUGUCAUUGUGCAAGGUGACAUCAAGGACCUGUACCAUACCAAGCUGGAGAAAGGCCAUGCUGCCGCCUUCGCCACAGACUGUGACCUGCCCUCCACCCACGAGAUGGUGCGCAGCGUUGGCAUGCAGACAACGUACAUGGGCUUCCUGGACUACAGGAAACAGGAAGUGAGAGACCUGGGGAUCAACCCCAGCGACUGCUCCUUCAACCCUGGGGUGUUUGUGGCCGACAUUGGAGAGUGGAAGAAACAGAAGAUCACCAAACAGCUGGAGAACUGGAUGCAGGAGAACUUAAAGAAAAACAUAUACAGCAGUGCCAUGGCAGGGGGCGUGGCGACUCCUCCUAUGCUGAUAGUGUUCCAUGACAAAUACACAAUCAUCGAUCCUCUGUGGCACGUCCGACACCUGGGCUGGAGCCCAGACGCCCGCUACCCUGAGACCUUCCUCCAGGGGGCACACCUGCUGCACUGGAACGGGCGCUUCAAGCCCUGGGACUACCCCUGUGUCCACCUGGACCUGUGGGAGAAGUGGUUCAUCCCAGAUCCCACCGGGAAGUUCUUGUUGGUACGGCCCGAGGGCAAAAUCUGAGGGGUGUUUAACAGAUGGUUGUGUAGGGGGAUGUCUGGCAUUUCAGACUGUGAAUGGAGGCUGUGAACAGUAAAUAUUGUGGAGGCCUCUUUCUGAUAAUAAGUCCUAUUGCCGUUUUAACAGCUUUUGAGAUGGUAUUUCUUUGAAGGUUCCUAUCAAAACAUCUUCAAGAACUCUAAGCCAGACAUGUACAGAAACAAGCUGUAUCAAAAAUGUGGUUGUUGUGAGACGAGUGGGCAAAUUGUAUUGAUUGUUUUGAAACGCAACAAUGUGAUCUCUUUAAAGCUUUUUCCUGAAUAAAAAGCUGGAGAUUU